AUGAAACCUCUCGACAAAGCACCCAAAGGGCUCCAAGGGAUGUUACUUCGUGCUCAACAAUAUGACAAUGAAGUCCAUUACUUCAAAGGUAAGGAGAUGUACAUUGCUGAUAUGCUCUCUCGAGCAUUUCUGCCUAAAUCUGGCAAUUCACAAAGUGAGUUUGAGACAGUAAACAUGAUGUCUUUUCUGCCCAUUAGGGAGGAGCGACUGCGUCAAAUCCACAUCGCAACUGAAAAUGACGAAGUCUUGCGACAGGUGAAAGACAUAAUCUUGCGUGGAUGGCCGGAAAAGAAGGAUCGCCUUCCAGUUCAGUUAAACCCUUAUUUCCACAUCAGAGAUGAGCUAAUGGCCCAAAACGGUCUCCUGUUCAAGGGUGAACGCCUCUUCAUACCGAUCAGUUUGCCGUCAAACAUAAUAAAGGUCAUACAUUCUUCACACAUCAGUACAGAUGGCUGUCUCAGACGGGCACACAAAUGUGUUUUCUGGCCAGGAAUGUCCACAGAACUGAGAGAAUACAUCUCUACCUUUGAGACUUGUAGAAAAUUUGAUAUGAACGAACCUAAAGAGACACACUUGUCCCAUGAUCUCCCAGGCCGUCCAUGGCAAAAGAUAGGCACAGACCUCUCAGGCACUCAAGAUGCAUUUUGCCCGCUAUGGUAUUCCAUGUGA